AUGGAUUCUUCUCGUACACUUCUUAACCUUGCUACACAACUUGCUAAGCAACAGGAAGCUAACUGCAACAAAAUUAGAAUUAUGACAACGGGGGGAAACCAAAAACCAGAGUUGGCAACAAAAGAAGAUAUCAGAGAAAUUAAGAUGAAAUUGGAUAGUUUACAACAAAGUUGUGGAAGAGACAUAUGUAGUACAUUUCAUCCAAGGGACUGUUAUGACAUUUUACUGACUGGUAAUAGAGAAAGUAAGGUAUACACAAUUUACCCAAAGGAAGGAUCUAGAUUCCAGGUUUACUGUGAUCAGGAGACAGACGGUGGCGGAUGGACGGUUAUACAAAGGAGACAGGAUGGAUCUGAAGAUUUCUUCAGAACCUGGAAAGACUACAAAAGUGGAUUCGGAAACUUGUCAAAUGAGUUUUGGCUAGGAAAUGACAAAAUCCACACUAUGACAGAAUCUGGAAAAUACACUUUACGAAUUGACAUGAAGGAUUUUUCCGGAAAUUUUCGACACGCAAUCUACAAUACCUUCAUUGUUGGAAAUGAGAAAUCGGGAUAUCUUUUGACCGUCUCAGGCUACAGUGGAGACGCUGGCGACUCGUUGUCUUACCAUAAUAAUGUCGCAUUUGUCUCAAAGGAUCGGGAUAAUGAGAAAACUUGUGCAAAAAGAUUUAAAGGGGGCUGGUGGUACAAAACUUGUCAUCAAUCUAACCUUAACGGUCUCUACUUGAAAGGAAAUCAUACAUCAUUUGCUAAUGGUGUAAACUGGCUCGACUGGAAAGGAUAUAAUUAUUCCUUGAAGUUUGCAGACAUGAAAAUCAGGAAAACGAGUGUCUAAAAUUCAAACUUAAAAAAUGGAAACGAAUUGCGAAAUACUAUCACGUAAAUUCGUACAUUAAAAAGA